AUGAUCAAACAGAUAUUUGGGAAAUUGCCCAGAAAGACUUCGAAAUCAUUGCAAAAUGACUCGAACGGUAGUGGUGAAGCAGCUGUGAACUCCUACUACGCCCCAAAUUCGACCACUAACAUCUCCAAACCUUCUUCAACAUCUUCCAAAUCAUCAUCAAAUGGCACUAUUGCUCCUAACAAGACAACGACCAAGACUCAACCUAGUGCAUACGAGCCGUUACCAAGCUUCAGAGACGUUCCUCUCUCUGACAAACCAAACCUCUUCAUCGGGAAACUGACCAUGUGCUGCGUCGUCUUCGAUUUCACCGACCAUUCAAAGAACCUCAAAGAGAAGGAGAUAAAGCGGCAGACUUUACUCGAGCUCGUCGACUACAUCGCAUCCGUCGGCGCCAAGUUCAACGACGUCACAAUGCAAGAGCUCACGAAGAUGGUCUCUGUAAAUCUCUUCAGAACGUUCCCAUCAGCGAACCACGAGAGUAAAGUCCUCGAAACGCACGAUGUUGUAGACGACGAGGAGCCUUCUCUAGAGCCAGCUUGGCCUCACAUUCAAGUCGUCUACGAGAUCCUCCUACGAUUCGUCGCGUCUCCAAUGACAGACGCCAAGCUCGCGAAGCGUUACAUCGACCAUUCCUUCGUGUUAAAGCUCCUAGACUUGUUUGACUCCGAAGACCAACGAGAGAGAGAGUAUCUGAAAACGAUCUUACAUCGUGUCUACGGGAAGUUCAUGGUGCAUCGGCCUUAUAUACGAAAGGCGAUAAACAACAUCUUCUACAGAUUCAUAUCCGAGACAGAGAAGCAUAGCGGUAUAGCGGAGUUAUUAGAGAUUCUUGGAAGUAUAAUUAACGGAUUCGCUCUGCCGUUGAAAGAAGAGCAUAAGCUUUUCCUUGUGAGAGCGUUGAUUCCGCUUCACAAGGCGAAAUGCUCGUCCGUGUAUCACCAGCAGCUUUCGUAUUGCAUUGUUCAGUUUGUGGAGAAGGACUUCAAGCUCUCUGAUACUGUGAUCAGAGGGCUGUUGAAGUAUUGGCCUGUGACUAACAGCUCGAAAGAAGUGAUGUUUCUUGGCGAGUUGGAAGAAGUCUUGGAAGCUACGCAAGCUGCUGAGUUUCAGCGUUGUAUGGUUUUGCUUUUUCGACGGAUCGCUCGUUGCCUCAACAGUUCGCAUUUUCAGGUUGCUGAGAGAGCGUUGUUUCUAUGGAACAAUGAUCAUAUAAGAACUUUGAUCACACAGAAUUAUAAAGUGAUAAUGCCUAUAGUGUUCCCGGCUCUUGAGAGGAACACGCGUGGACAUUGGAACCAAGCUGUUCAGAGUCUGACGAUAAACGUGAGGAAAGUGUUUAGCGAUAUUGACCAGGUGCUGUUUGAUGAGUGUUUGGCUAAGUUUCAAGUGGAAGAAGAGAGUCAAACGGAGGUUAAGGCGAAACGGGAAAGGACGUGGAAGCGGUUAGAGGAUUUGGCGAACGAGGCGGUGAUGGUUCCAAGAUUUGUGAAUUCGGUUAAUCUUGCAAGCAGCUCUGAGUAA